GCUUUGGCGGUCUCUUGCCGACGAAUGCCAACCAUCUUGUCAGCUUCGUGAAGCAGCAUGGCCGAUGAAUAUACGCACUUUAUCAGCGAGCUCAGCCAAUUGGGCGCUGUAUCGCGGGAAGCGCUGCUAGCUGAUGGUGCAAAGCUCAAAGACAAGGUCAUCCUCAUCACUGGCGGUGCAUCUGGCAUAGGCAAAGAUUUUGGACUGGAAGCGGCACGUUUCGGCGCUAAGUUAGCGAUAUGCAAUACGACGCCCAAGACAGGCACGGCAGCAGCAAAAGCGAUGGAAGCAGCAGGAUCGCCUAAGACGCUGUCUGUCUCGCCCAUUGAUGUGCAAGACUGGGAUCAACAGCUCAGAUUCUUCAAAGAGACUGUUGCCGCCUUUGGCAAGAUCGACAUCGUCGUUGUCAACGCUGGCAUCACAGAAGUGGGCGACUUUGGCGAUUUCGCAGGGCUCUCCGCACUCGGCGACCCAAAGCCGCCCAACUUCAAGACCUUCCAGACCAACACUGUUGGCGCACUGUACACGACACGUCUCGCACUCCACUACUUGCGCGAGAAUAGCGCGAAAGACAAGUCAAUCGUGCUAGUCGGUUCUAUGGCGUCCUUCUUUGGCAUUCCCGCCGCGCCAAUGUAUACAACAAGCAAGCACGCUAUGUUAGGCAUGAUGCGCAGCCUUGUCUAUCAGUGCAAAUCUGAGGGGAUACCCCUCAAUAUGGUCGCUCCCUGGUUCACAGACACGAAUAUUAUCGAUAUCCCAACGCGAUCAGGCUUGGCGGGCCUGCCUUUGUGCGAGAUGGCAGACUGCACGGCUGCAAUGGUCAAGCUGGCGACUGACAAAACGAUGUACGGACACUCUCUGGUCAUCGACGCAAGAGGCAUCUUCAAUAUACCCCCAGAGAGCACACUAGUCGGCAAAUCGAGCUACUACUACGAGUUCAGCCGGCGCGCGGCAUUCUCUAUUCAGCUCACGGUACUUGCACGAGAUUCGCUUCUGUUCGCCCGACAUCUUGUGAAACGUACCAUCGGCAUAUGAAUGCAUUGUGUCCAUGCCUCAGUUUGCGAC